UGCACAAUACAUUCUAGCUGCGGGUAAUUUUGCCCAGAAUUAAAGAGCUCCGCGCAAGUGACCGAAACCUGCUGCGCAGUAAGUUGUCGAGUAAGAAAAAAGAUAUACUUGCACGGAACUUCUCCGUUUGCCCCCUGUUGGGGGAUUUUCUGGGCGGCGACUUACUCUCACUUUCGGGAAACUUCAACCAUGGGCAGAUUCACGCGCGAACAAAAUGGUGCAUGCAGACCACCACAGGUUACGGCUCCAAAUUGUGUUCGUAUCUAACGGGUUCUUCUUGAGGGAGGGUGCCAAAAAAAAGCUAUAAUUGCAGUUCGACUAGGCAAUACAGAGGGCAGACGCCUGACUGGGGCCCGGCCCCCUGUUACAUGGAACUACAAUGGCAGCUUCCGGGUGUCGUAGUUCGACAGAACAAUAGUGUAUCCUAGUACAAUGUGCACCAUAGUCAAUAAAGUCAUGUUCAUGCAAGGAAAAAAACACUUGGCAAUCAAAUCAUAUUUAACCCUUCUCACGUGUUCACACAUUUCAGUAUCAAGCAGGUCACGUCAUUGUGAUGCAGCCUAAAUAUUACGAGACAGGAAAUUGUACGCAAAAGUGGAGGAUAUGUGAAAUACAGUCACAAUAAAUCGGGACGGAUUUUUCUUUUUUUUUAUGAAUCCUGCCCAAGAGAUUUGCUUCCCAUGGACACAAGGCUUGCAUCCCACAUCAUUGACCAUUCCUCUUUCGCCGCAGUGCUUGAGGCUGUACGCAGCCACGACGACGCCUGGCUGUUCGCCAUGCCGCUGGACGAGACGAUGUGUCCGGGAUACUUCAGCACCGUCAAGGAGCCUAUGGAUCUGACCAUGAUCGCCGAGCGUGUCGAGAAUGGUGCCUACGCGUGCAAAGAGGCCUUCAUCGGCGACUUCAAGAGAAUGGUCGAGAACUGCGCUUUCUACAACGGCCUCGAGAGCGAGAUCGCCACCAAGGGAUACCGGUUGUGGGUGGCCAUGCUGGACGCCCUGCACACUGUCUGUUUCGAGGACGACGAAGAGGCUGAAGUCGACAGCAAUCGGGACAGAGGCGUGAGUUCCGGUGCAGGCAUCGCGCGCUCGCCUGCCUCGAGACUGUACGUUCCGGAGCACGUGGGAAAGCCGAGAUCGAACGCCAGCGACCAGCGGGAAGACGAGCGCACCAUGCCGAGGACUCUGCGCGCGAGCAGGAAGACGCCGACGCGAAGGAGCAGCAGCCCUCCCAGAGUCCAGGACGAGGCAGCCGAAGGCGAUGACGACGACGAGGACUUCGCGGCGCCCAGAGUCAAGAGGCGCAGAGUGGGAAGGCCACCCAAGGCGUCCAGGACGCGAGGCGGAAGGCGGGCCGCGUCGUCCGCGACCUCCCGAACCCGUCCAGUCGUCAAGAGUCCUGCGCUCGAGGCCCUCUCGAGGGCCACGCGCAAGGCUCUGGAGGACUCGGCCGACUUGACUUACGACAUCUGCCGUCUGAGCGGCGACUUCGAGGCGAACAGCGACGUGGCCGGCUACUUUCCCGAACUCAACAUCGCCGGCACACACAGCCACCCUUCCGACCUGCUGGCAAGGUUCGCGGGCCCACCGAAGGACAGUGGCGGUUACACCAUCGCCGAAUCUCCGGAAGCGUCAUCGCAGAGUGAAUCGAACGACCGCAACCCUCACGUCAGCGACGAUCGCAGUACUGACACGGACGAACCGGUGAAUCCCACCGAUGACGGUGAAGUAGGCGGGAAGGAAGUUGAUAGUCGUGGCGAAUCGGGUUCCGACGAAAAUCACAAUCCGGACUCAAAUGCUCCUGCGGCGGACGCUGAACACGUGGCAGAGGACACGGACACAACGCGCUCUGGUCGAAGUGCAACGGAAGGUUUCGCUCGAGUCCUGGAAGAGACGACAACCACUGCAAGCCCUGAAUUCCGAGCAAGCAGCGUCAGCAACGCAGCUGAAUGUGACGAGCGAGUGAGUGACGGCUCUCUAGAAGGUGCGAAAGGUGGAGCGACGCAAGAGAUGGCGCCGCCGAACAAAGUCCACCCUGGUACAAUAGCGACGAGCAGCCCAUUCAUGGGCAACAGGCAAGGGGCUUACUUUCAGACGUCCGUUGCGACGCCUCCGAGGUGUCGCUCUGUUCCUCCUCUCCACUUCGUUGCUGUUAACAUGCGUCACGCAAUGAGAGUCCCUCGCUCGCCCGGCUCCUGUGGCCGCGACAACGGCGAUUCGAUUGCCACAGCUAGCGCGGAGUCUGCCGAACAGGGUCGUUCGGCUGCUUCCUUAGAGAUCGGCGAGGAAAGUCCCAGUCUCGCUGAAACUAGGGAAGACAACACCAAUCAGGCAACGGCAAAACCAGACGGAGAGACAAAAAGCCGAGAGAUGAAUGGCUGCAGAUUGGACGGGGAGACCGAAACGACUAAAGAGAGUUGCUUCAAUACUCUCUGUCAAGUCAGUGACGGAUGCAGCGAUUCAAGGGCUAGCACCAGCCACGCCACCACGAAUACGGACGCCGACGCGGCAGGCAAGACCACCGGGAUGUCGUCGGAAGGCAGCGAAGAAACCAUCCUAGAGGCUGUGGACAGUGAUAAAACGACCGAAGGACAGACGGUUGCAUCACUUCCCGCCGGCAACGUUUCUCCGGAGCGCAUCCAGGCGCGGGAACGAUGGAUUACCAGGCUCCAGGGCGACUUCCAGGGAGCUGAGCAAGAGUUCUACUGUGGACUGGAUAGCCCGAAGUCAAGCUUCAGCUUCUCGUCGGGAUACCUGAGCGAAGAGGCCCUGUCGCCGUCCAUGCGGUAUCACAGCAGCUCGAGUCCGCUCCCGCAACUGUCUCCGUCACGCCUGUCUCCGCUGCUGCCGACGUCGUGCGAACCGCGGCAAAAGGUGACGCCUCCCCCGGUGGAGACGGAAGAAACGCUACCGUUGAACGACCGACGAGCAGCAGCUGAUUCGCAACCAGCUAAGGAAGUUGCACCUGUAGAUGCAGCUUCGUCGCGCGAAUGUUCGGUUGUUACGGACCAGCCUCAGCGCCGGGAGCCAACGGUACAGCCGCGGUCGCCGCCGUUCGGAGUACCGACGCCGCUGCAGAAGAUAUCCGCCCUAGUCGCCGACAUACCGUCUCCGACCAAGAGGUACGGCGCCUUCUUUCCGUCUCCGUUUGCGCCGCCAACUACGUCUGCCAGCGAUACGUCUGGUGGCGGAGAUCGUCUUCGAGACGGCAGAGACGGCGCUGCGUUUAGGACACAUCCCUUGCGAUGCCACACUGAUCCGGCCCAACCGACCACCCAGCCGCGUGACAGAACUGCAUGCUAAGCAAGAUGUUAAGCAAGAGUAAUCGUCAAAAGCCGGUCAUCCCAGCAUUCGUAAACGAGGCCUCUACGACUCUGCCGCCCUGUUACCCGAAUGUGCUGAUGGUCUCUCAUGACCUUCAGUAUUCAUUAAACUCUCUCUCUCUCUCUCUCU